ACUCUUUCCGGCCGUCCCUUUUCAAUGAACUGGGAACUGCGGAAGGAGCACGCAAACGUCAUUUCCGAAUUGGAGCCACGCCUUAUAGUCUGCAACAUGGAGGCGACCAGUGGAAAUGAUGAGUUGGUUUCCGGGGAACUGACGUCCGUGGCGCACGCUGUUUCUCUCCCAGCAGAGUCUUAUGGCAACGAUCCUGAUAUUGAGAUGGCUUGGGCCAUGAGAGCAAUGCAGCAUGCUGAAGUCUACUACAAACUGAUUUCAUCAGUUGACCCACAGUUCCUGAAACUCACCAAAGUGGAUGACCAAAUCUAUUCUGAGUUUCGGGAAAAUUUUAAGAAACUCAGGAUAGAUGUAUUGGACCCAGAAGAGCUCAAAUCAGAAGGAGCUAAAGAGAAGUGGAGACCAUUCUGUUUGAAGUUUGAUGGGAUUGUAGAAGACUUCAACUAUGGUACUUUGCUGCGACUGAACUGUUCUCAGGGCUACACUGAGGAAAACACCAUCUUUGCACCCAGGAUACAAUUUUUUGCCAUUGAAAUUGCUCGGAACCGGGAAGGUUAUAACAAAGCAGUUUACACUAGUGUUCAGGACAAAGAAGAAGAGAAAGGAGCCAACAAUGGAGGAGACAAAGGAGCCAACAGUGGAGGAGAAGAAGAGAAAGGAGCCAACAGAGAAGGAGAAAAGGAGAAAAUCAACAAAGGAGGAGAAAAAGAGAAAGAAGCCUACAAAGAAAUCAACAAAAGUGGUGAAAUAGCUAUGUAAGGUAGACAGGGAACAGCACUCUAGAAGCUGUGAUUCAGCUGAGCCUACAAGUACCAUGAUGCUACUUGCACAGGCCCCUAUGGUGAAAUGUAUCUCCUUGUUCACUGGAAGGACAUGCAGAAGGACAUCUUUCUGGCCUAAUCAUCAGGAGCUGCAAUGGUUGUUCUCUUGUAUGAACUGGCUUGAACACUAUUAGUGGGGUCUUAGUUGAUGGUUUCUUGCUUCUCACCACCAGUCAAGUAAGAAAUUUUGUAAAUAAAUUUCUUUUGGUUCUUAUGACUA